UAAAAAAUGAAUGAAACCCAAAUUACAAAAAAUAAUAAUAAUGGAUGAGAAAAGAACAACAAAAGGUCGUCAAAAAAUAGCGAUAGCAAAAAUAGAGAAAGAAAACGAUUGCUACGCAACGUUUUCAAAGCGGCGGCAAGGGUUGUUCAAGAAAGGCAGCGAGCUGUCGAGCUUAUGCGACGCCGACGUGGGGCUCUUGGUGUUUUCCCCGACGGGUAAGCCCUUCUCCUUCUUUCAUCCUUCCAUGGAGGCCGUGGUCUCUCGGUUGGGAUCGGGCGGCGCCCACCGCGAUGAUGCGUCUCGCCUGCUGGAGGCCUUCUCCAGAACUAGGGUUUUACAGCUCAACCAGAUGAUUGAUACGAUUGGUGAGAAGCUGGAUGAUGAGGUGGAGAGAGAGAAAGAAUUGGAGAGAGAGAGAGGCGCGUGCCAGAAAUGGUGGGAGAUGCCUCUUGAGAAUCUUGACAAGGAACAGGUAGAGCAGUUGAUGGUUUCCAUGAGGAAUCUGCAGUUGAUGUUGAGGACAAGAUAA